AACCGGCUGAGCGGGCCAACAGUUGCCCGCGAAACCUUCGACGUGCUGGAGCGGACAGAGAUUGCUCCUCCAUAAUUACCACAUCGCCGCAGAAGCGUCCAAUUUGCACAGCGUUAAUUAUCAGCGCCAGCGACACGAUGACCAAUCUGGCUCCCACCAUCCGGCUGAACAACGGGCGCGAGAUGCCGAUCUUGGGCCUGGGCACCUGGAAGUCCUUCGAGUCGGACGCGUACCACUCGACGCGCCACGCCCUCGACGUGGGCUAUCGGCACCUGGACACCGCCUUCGUCUACGAGAACGAGGCGGAGGUGGGCCGGGCGAUCGGCGAGAAGAUCGCGGAGGGAAUGGUGACCCGCGAGGAGGUGUUCGUGACGACCAAGCUGGGCGGGAUUCACCACGACCCCGGGCUGGUGGAGCGCGCCUGCCGCCUGAGCCUGAGCAACCUGGCCCUGGAGUACGUGGACCUCUACCUGAUGCACAUGCCCGUGGGCCAGAAGUUCCACAACGACAGUAACGUUCACGGCACCCUGGAGCUGACGGACGUGGACUACCUGGACACCUGGCGCGAGAUGGAGAAGCUGGUGGACCUGGGCCUGGUGCGCAGCAUCGGCCUUUCCAACUUCAAUGCGGCGCAGACGGAGCGCGUGCUGGCCCACUGCCGCAUCCGGCCGGUGGUCAACCAGGUGGAGUGCCACCCCGGCUUCCAGCAGCGCCAGCUGCGGGAGCACGCCAAGCGGCACGGCCUGGUCAUCUGCGCCUACUGCCCCCUGGCCCGUCCCCAGCCCGCCCGCCAGUGGCCGCCGUUCCUCUACGACGCGCACGCCCAGCAGCUGGCCAAGAAGUACGGGAGGACCACGGCCCAGAUCUGCCUGCGGUACCUGAUCCAGCUGGGCGUGGUGCCACUGCCCAAGUCCUCGAACAAGUCGCGCAUCGAGGAGAACUUCCGGGUCUUCGACUUCGAGCUGAGUCCGGAGGACGUCGCCGGCAUGGAGCAGUACCACACGGGGCAGCGCACGGUGCCCUUCUCCGGAAUGGCCGGUCACAAGUACUACCCGUUCCACGAUGAGUUCUAGGCUCCAUCCGAAGGGCGUUUCAGAAAUUUCUGGCCGCCGCUGUGCCAGAAGUUCAAGGGCUUUAAUUGAGUUUUGGAGUUAAUUUGCUUAUUCUUUAAGAACAAUUGUUUCGAAACCUACUGUUGGUCUGGUUUUAAAUCGUUUACUCAACGUGAAAGAGGUGUGUGGGAUCCCGAUCUUGACCCUUGGUUGAGAUUUAUUGGAAAAUAUUUCUAAGGCACCCCCGCAAAUGUAGUAUUUGUAUUGUAAAAUAAAGUAUACUACUUAGAAAA